CGCCUCUUGAUUACCCUAUGAUACUAUGAUAGGAUAAGGAUGUUAGUCACUGAUAUUCUUGUUUGUUUGGGAACUUGAAUGAGUUCAACCAAUCUCAAAUGAAAUGAACCGUACACGAACAAAUAAGAUUCCAUUAGAGGCCCGUCCACCGAAUGGCAGUUUAGACAACAAUAACAAUCAUUCACAGUCUAUAUCCUCUUAGUUAAGUAUCACCUGAAAUUCAUCAUUUUCACAGUCAACUUUAUGGACCCACAACUGAGAUUGAUUGUAAUCGCAUUUGAUUAUCGCUCAAUCGCAUUGGACAAAUCUUACAAUUUACUACGGAGAUAACGCCGAUUAGACGUUUUAAAUAUCAUUCUCGACACAUUACCCAUCUAACUGCGCUAUGGAACGCUUCGCUUAACAGAUGGACAAUCUUGAGUCUUCGUAAAUUUUUCAAAUCAUCACCUCCGCAUUGUUUCAUUUUCAAACGCUUGACCAAUCAGCAAUGUGUAGGUGGCGCUACAAUCGCCGUCAAAGUUGGAUUCAAAACUCUAUCUUCCGCUGGAGCGGACAACUGUGUAACAGAGAAUACUGUCGCUCUAAAUAAUCGUUUCAUUUAUGACUGAUUUUGUUACAAACGGAUUAAUUAAAUAAAAGAAAGUAAUUUGUCAGAGGGCGGAAGGCGAAAGAACAACAUUUUUUUGAAGGAAAAUAUGCGAAGCAGCUUAAAGGUUGCCGGCUUCCUCGUUACGUUUGCCGUUGGCGUACUAUCCAACGUCUUGAGAUAUAAGGUGACGGAAAAUGCGACAGCCGGUUACCUACUAACGAAAGACCUUAGAAAAGAUCUGGAUUUGCCAAGUAAACUGGUACGAUUUAUCCUGCAUAAUAGCCAAGAACACGACGACUUGUACAUAGACAACGUCGAACUUAGAUUAAAGGAGCCGAUUGAUAGAGACAAGAGAUGCCCUAAUAAGGCUAAUUGCAAACUAAGUUCUCUUUUAAGUUAUUCCGAAAUAGAUCCAAGCAGGAAUAUUGCUAACGGGAAGGAAGAAUGGAGCCAGAUAGAAGUCGAAUUGUUAGACAUUAAUGACAAUCGACCGGAAUUCAAUAAAUCACUCUUAAAGCUUAAUAUAAGUGAGAAUAUAUCCAUUAAUUCCAGUAUUGAACUAAUCGAGGCUAAAGAUAAUGACUCGCCGCAAUUUUCAAUAAGGUCAUAUAAUAUGACUCCAAGCUAUAGUGAAUACUUUGAUUUAAUAUACGAAAAUGGAAAGAUACCGCAAUUAAGGGUGAAGAAGAUUUUGGAUAGGGAUAACUCGAAUAUUGUCUGGAAUUUCACCUUUUACCUUACGGCUACGGAUGGCCGCAACUGGGCUAGAUGUAAAGUUAAUAUCAUAGUUCAGGAUGAAAAUGAUGAGAAGCCAGUAUUUGAACAAAGCUCCUAUACCGUAGAAGUUCGAGAAGAGACGAGCGUCAACUCUAGUAUUUAUCGUGUCAAGGCGUUUGACAAUGACGCCGGACCUUUAAACUCGCUGAUUACCUAUAGUCUGCACGGAGAUUCGGAUUCUACAUUUGAUAUUGACAAGAAGAGUGGUAAGAUUAGUUUGAAGAAGAAACUAGAUUUUGAAGUGAAAGAGAAGUACGAGUUAAUUAUUGCAGCUUCAGAUUCGGGCGAAAAGAGAAAAACAGCAAAAUCUAAUUUACUUGUUAAAGUUUUAAAUGUUGAUGACGAACCGCCGGAAAUAUACGUGAAUCGUGAAUCUCUUAGGCCUAUUGUUGAGGGUGUUCAAAAAAGGACUUUCGUCUUUUAUAUACGCUUAGAUGAUGUUGAUUCACCAAAAAAUUCAAGUAGUCGCUGCCGCGUAAACGAUACGCGUUUGGAAGUUUCUAAAGUGCCCGAAUAUCCUUAUCUUCAUCAAGUUGACUCCGUGGCCGAGUUUGACAGGGAGGCCACACCCUUCGUUAGCUUGUCACUCAUUUGCAGCGACGUCGCAAAUAACAAGGCGACGCAUGCAAUUAGCGUCGAUGUGCUCGACGUCAACGAUUGUUCUCCGAAAUUCGAGAAAGAUUUCUAUAAGAAAACUAUCGACGAAUCUAUUCCGAUUGGAAUGACCAUUCUAACCGUCAAAGCAAUUGAUAAGGACGAGGGAGAAAAUGGUACUGUAAACUACCGACUAACUGGCGAGGGCUCGCAUUACUUUUCGAUCGAUAAGAGCGGACGAAUAAUGACUAGAGAAAAAUUUGACGUCGAUCACGCUAAUCAGCGUAAUUUAGGUGUUGAUCCGUCAUCAAAUUCUCUGACAUUGAGUAUUGUAGCGGCCGAUAAUGGAAAACCGUCAAGAAAUUCAAGUGUCGACCUACAUAUUCGAAUUAUCGACGUAGACGACAAUCCAGUCGUAUUCGAUUCCAGUUCUUACGUGUUUCGAAUUCAAGAAAAUUUCCUUCCUAAUAAAGUUCCUCUUGGCCAAGUUAAAGCUAGCGAUGCCGAUCAAACGUUUAAUAAAUUUAAGUACACAAUGAAGACAAGAGAACUAGAAAACUUAUUCUUUGUCGAUAGCAAAAGUGGAGAAAUAGAGUUGAUUAAGAAAUUGGAUAGAGAAAAAUCUGAGAGUUACGUUUUAGUUAUUCUGGCUGAAUCAUUAGACGGUCCGUCAACAGCUACAACGACCGUAACUGUGAAAGUGUUGGAUACUAAUGACAAUGCUCCAGAGUUUCUUUUUCCUCCAAUUGAUCAUUAUAGAAUGAAAGUUUUUUCAAGCACCGAGAUAGGAACAAAGAUAACUAGAUUGGAAGCGGAAGAUAUUGACGGAGAAGAAAACUUCCCAUUAAUAUUCGAGGCUGUUAGCCAAUCCCCCUUUUUCGAAAUCACUCACGACGGCUACAUAACUGUUAAGGAAUCAUUAAGCAACCUGAUAAACGAAACUGUAGAAUUAAGACUGACGGUUAGAGAUUCCGGCACCCCACGACUCCGGUCGAAUAGGACGCUGGAACUAUCGAUAAUCGAACGUAACGCUCUACCGUCUCAACUCGAUCAAAGCUCGAAAAGGAAUUUAAUAAUAGUCAUUUGCGUCGCCUCUCUGUCAACAGUCGUCAUCAUCUUCCUUCUCGCAGCCAUACUCAACUUACUUAAAAGACGCCGUCAUCGCGGAACGCCUAAAUUCGAUGCGGUACUCAGCAUACGUGAUAACGACGAGAAUAGAGGAUUAGGAUCGUGUAUAAUCCAUCAAUAUCCUAAUAGACUGAAUCACGAUUCAUUCUCUACGGAUAGUCAUCAUUCCAACGAUGGAUUCUUAUCGAAGGUAAGACUUAAAUUCCUGUGAGACACACACAGCUGUGUGCGUAUACUAGUAUGUUGAAAUCCUUCCAAAGAGGGUAGGCGAGAGGGGUUUUAUGUAGAACAUGUCCGAUUGAUCCGAUAAUAUCCUGUGCCCUAUCGAACGCCUGUUUUAACAAAAAACUCCGUUCAUCAAUCCCCGAUAAAGAAACGUUUCCGAUCGGAAAUAGAAGUCAGAUUAGAUGAUGAGCCUGACUUUUGUCUUAUUAAAUCUAUAACUUCGGCGUUGCUUUGUUCUUUCAAAAGAGUUAGGAGAGAAUUGGAUAUCGCGUACUUUUUUCUUUCUGUAUGAAAAAUGCUUUAGGCCAAUAACAUAAAAGGGCAACAAGGAGAGAGAUCUGCUGUGUCAAUAUUUCUAAGCCUAUAUACGGCAGCUUAAUGAGCUCUUUUAACGCAACUAGCGUGUCAAAUAGGCUGACGUCAUCCGUUGCGUAACUUCUAAAACGUUCAAGCUGAUUGACAACUAGUAGGAGUGAAGUAAAAUCAAAAAAACGAAGAAAAACCGGCAGGGGAAAAAGAGUUGAACGCGUGCUGGUAAUUAAUCGAAGUCGAUUGUAACAAAGCCCCCCUCCUAAUACGUCUGUUUGAAGAGCAAGCAAGGAAAAAUAUGUGCCGAAUGAACUCGAUACUGUUGAGGAAAUAAAACACGCCUCAGGACAGUCACGAAUCGAAAAGUUCAACUGAAAAGUCUAAGCAAGGUAGCAUAACAUCUGAAUGGAUAGAAAGGCAUGCAACAACUUUUGUGGGCAGCACAAAACCUGCCGAGACAACCUGCGAAGAUAACUCAUCAGCCGAUUCGGGACAUUGUUCAGAGGAUACACCUAGAAUAAGCGUAUCACCGAUGAAAGCCGACAGCAUCACGAAAGAGGAAGUACUUCGUCGAAUGUCGUAUAAUAAGGAAUUUAAGCCGAGUAACGGCAUCGAUAGUCGAAUACUCGGCAGGAAGAGCGUCACUUUUAUGCAUCCUCUAACAACUUUUGGAAGGGGGGAUCGUAGUUCUGAUUCAACAUGCACAAUCCUUUCUAGUCAGGUCUAAACUAAGAAAAAAAAGGAUUUAAAAAAAUAAAGCUCUGUCGAAUGAACUAAAGGCCAUUUCUUUGCAAAAAGAGACUAACGUUCUUCUUCUUAUUAUUAUUAUUACUAUUAUAACUUGUACAUAUUUAUGCUUGUUUUUUGUUACGAUUUUUUCAUACGUCUUUUUUAUAUGCAUAUUUUUGAAUGGAAAAAAAUGAAAACACAGAAGAUGAAACUUUAAUGAGAAUGUAAAGAAAACAACCUUUUUGGUUAAAGAAGCUAAUAAAAUGGUAAUAAAUAACCUUUAAAACUCCUUCUAUUUUGAUAAUUGCUGUGCAAUCUUUUUCUAAAGAACGAAAACGUUUGUUAUUGAAUGAAAUACAAAAAGUUUUUUCAGAAAAAAAAA